AUGGCGGGGCUGAAGCCCCUGCCUUCUAACAGGCUGCAGGGUGUCAUCAUGGUUGCUUCCUGUGUCCAGAUGCUAGUGGGCUUCUCAGGCCUCAUUGGCUUUCUCAUGCGAUUCAUUGGCCCCUUGACCAUCGCUCCUACCAUCUCCCUGGUGGCCCUGCCUCUCUUCGAUUCUGCAAGCAAUGAUGCCGGGGUCCACUGGGGGAUCUCCGCCAUGACCAUCUUCCUCAUCGUGCUGUUUUCCCAGUACCUGAAAAACAUCGCUAUACCCGUGCCCGUUUAUGGACGAAAGAAGUGUCACACCACUAAGUUCUACCUGUUUCAGGUCUUCCCUGUGCUGCUAGGGCUCUGCAUCUCCUGGUUCCUCUGCUUCGUGUUCACCAUCACCAAUACCUUCCCCUCCGCCCCCACAGCCUAUGGGUAUCUGGCCCGCACGGACACCAAAGGCAACGUUCUGAGCCAGGCCCCUUGGUUUCGCUUCCCUUACCCAGGACAGUGGGGCAUCCCCACCAUCAGCCUGGCUGGGGUCUUUGGGAUCAUAGCCGGGGUGAUCUCCUCGAUGGUGGAGUCAGUAGGCGAUUAUUACGCCUGUGCCCGGCUGGUGGGAGCCCCGCCCCCUCCAAAGCACGCCAUCAACCGUGGCAUUGGCAUUGAGGGCCUGGGCUGCCUGCUGGCAGGGGCCUGGGGAACAGGGAACGGCACCACCUCCUACAGCGAGAAUGUCGGAGCGCUGGGUAUCACCAGGGUGGGGAGCAGGAUGGUGAUUGUCGCCGCGGGCUGUGUGCUGCUCCUGAUGGGUGUUUUUGGGAAGAUAGGGGCUGCAUUUGCGACCAUCCCCACCCCUGUGAUCGGGGGCAUGUACCUGGUGAUGUUCGGAGUCAUCUCUGCUGUGGGGAUUUCUAAUCUGCAGUACGUGGACAUGAACUCGUCCAGGAAUAUCUUUAUCUUUGGCUUCUCCAUCUACUGUGGGCUCGCCAUUCCCAACUGGGUGAACAAGAACCCCGACAAGCUCCAGACAGGGGUUCUCCAGCUGGACCAGGUCAUCCAGGUGCUGCUGACCACGGGCAUGUUUGUCGGUGGAUUUCUGGGCUUUCUACUGGACAACACCAUCCCUGGAAGUCUGGAGGAGAGAGGCCUCCUGGCGUGGAAUCAAGCCCAGGAGUCUGAGGACACCACGAAAGCCUCGGAAAUCUACAACUUCCCCUGUGGGAUUGGCACCAAGUUCUGCGCUUCCUCCUGCGCCCGGUACCUCCCCUUCUGGCCCAGACCGGAACUCAGUGAGAAGGGACAGGUGGGCGUGAGCCAGCUCACACUCGUCUCCCAGGAUUUCUCAGGAGAGCGCCCGAAGUGUGCCACAGAAACCAGGAUGUGAAGAGAUGUCUCCUUACGCACGUCCCCAAGCCCUCUCCACACACCCGUACCCCCAGAAUAUGCUAAUAUCUCCAUUUCAUGUAUGGGUGAGUGCCCCGCCCUCCCGGGCACCUGUGGCACCUCACACACCCAAGCAGCCCAAUAA